AUGGGGAUGCUGUCGCGGCCGGAGGAGGUGCCGGCGCUGCUCAGGCUCAAGCUGGCGGCGGGGCGGAUCAGGCGCCAGAUCCCGCCGCAGGAGCACUGGGCCUUCGCCUACGACAUGCUGCAGCAGGUCUCCCGCAGCUUCGCGCUCGUCAUCCAGCAGCUAGGCCCCGAGCUCCGCAAUGCCGUCUGCGUCUUCUACCUCGUGCUCCGGGCCCUGGACACCGUCGAGGACGACACCGCCAUCCCUAACGAGGUCAAGCUGCCCAUCCUUCGGGACUUCUACCGCCACAUCUACAACCCGGACUGGCUCUUUUCAUGUGGAGCAAACGACUACAGAGUGCUCAUGGAUAAUUUUAGGCAAGUCUCCACGGCUUUCCUGGAGCUAGGCGAAGGAUACCAAAAGGCUAUUGAAGAAAUCACUAGGCGAAUGGGAGAAGGAAUGGCUAAAUUUAUAUGCACGGAGGUUGAAACCAUUGAUGACUAUGAUGAGUACUGCCACUAUGUAGCAGGGCUAGUAGGCUAUGGACUUUCUAGGCUCUUUCAUGCUACUGGCACAGAAGAUCUGGCUCCGGAUCAUCUUUCAAAUUCAAUGGGUUUAUUUCUACAGAAAACCAAUAUAAUAAGGGAUUAUUUGGAGGACAUAAAUGAGAUACCAAGGUGCCGUAUGUUCUGGCCUCGGGAAAUAUGGAGUAAAUAUGUCGAUAAACUUGAGGAUACAAAUCAGGAUUUAAAAUAUGAGGAAAAUUCAGAAAAGGCCGUGCAGUGCUUGAAUGAUAUGGUGACCAAUGCUUUGAUCCAUGCCCAAGAUUGCCUUCAAUACAUGUCAGCAUUGAAGGACAACUCCAAUUUUCGAUUUUGUGCAAUACCUCAGAUAAUGGCAAUUGGGACAUGUGCUAUUUGCUACAAUAAUGUGAAAGUCUUUAGAGGAGUUGUUAAGAUGAGGCGUGGGCUCACUGCACGGGUGAUUGAUGAGACAAAAUCGAUAUCUGAUGUCUAUUCUGCUUUCUAUGAGUUCUCUUCAUUGCUAGAGUCGAAGAUUGAUGAUAACGACCCAAAUGCUGCGCUGACACGGAGGCGUGUGGAUGCAAUAAAGAAAACUUGCAAGUCAUCCGGCCUGCUGAAGAGAAGGGGUUACGAUCUGGAGAAAUCAAAGUACAGAAUGCCUAUGCUGAUCAUGAUCAUGCUUCUGUUGGUGGCUAUUAUCUUGGGUGUACUGUAUGGCAAGUGA